AUGCCUCGUGUCGCAGGACAAACGGGCCGGCGCCCUAGUCGUCAAGCUGUUGUUAUGAACAUGGCGCGUGACAAGACCAAGACCUCUCCGGUGAAACUCGCGUUGAACGACGAUCGAGGCGAGAAAGCUGCAAGACUUCAGUCUCGACAAGCCCUACAAGAAAUACACAUGAACGAAAUCCGUGCCGCCGCUAGCCCAGUGCGAAAAAUCAAUCAACGGCGAGACACGCAUAAUAGAGCUAUUUCUGAAUCACCGCGAACACCCAGAACACAGACGACGGACGUACGCAAGAGAAUCCAACAACAACAUAACAGUCAGAGCAGUCCGAGACAAAUGGACGGGGUCACUGGAGGUGCCGCUACCCCGCCGAAACGCGUACCUAUCUUAGCCAACUUCGAAGAGUGGAUGAAGAUGGCGACAGACAACAAGAUCAAUGCAGCCAAUUCCUGGAAUUUUGCUCUUAUUGACUAUUUUCAUGAUAUGAGCCUGUUGAAGGAAGGAGACGGCGUGAAUUUUCAGAAAGCAAGCUGCACACUCGAUGGAUGUGUCAAAAUCUAUACAAGUCGAGUUGACAGCGUGGCGACUGAGACGGGCCGACUUCUUAGCGGUCUUGCAGACGGUAGCGCUUCCGAGGGAAAGAAGAAAGGAAAGGGUGACGGGGACGAAAAUGAGGAUGAGGAUGAGGAUGGUGAGGACGGGGAAGAGGGUGAAGAUGGUGAGGGAAAGAAGAAAAAGAAGAAACCUGCCCGAAGUCACGAGGCGACAUUGGCACCCAGUUUUGCAACCUUCCAGGCGAAGAAGCUUGACUUGGAAUUUGCGGUUGAUCCUUUAUUCAAAAAGGCAUCGGCUGAUUUUGACGAAGGAGGGGCUAAGGGCCUCUUACUGAACCAUCUUUCUAUUGACUCAAGCGGUCGAAUUGUCUUUGACAGCAGCGACGACACUGGGGAUGCAACCCUGGCAGCGGAAAAAGGCGAACAACAAGAACACAACGCGAACGACGCGACUGAAACAGCACCUGAGAGGACAUCCGUGGACGAGGAGGAAACCGAUGAGGAUGAGGAAGAUCAAGGAAUUGAUCUUCAUUCGUUAGCGGCAAAAUUCUUCCCUGAUAUGUCAUUAUUAGACAAUCAGGACGUUUGUCCGUCGAUGAAGGCAUUUACUCUAGGUGAUCCUUCCGGUGAUCUCAGCAUACCAUUCCUAAAAGCGCCGGAUGAUUGGCGGGAUCAAAAGAAGGCUGCUGAAACACCACAACCACCAGCCAUCAGUGCGGAUUUGUCGGAUCAAACAGGGAUUUUCCUCGAUGGCAGUAACGCUAUGGGAUUCGACGACGAUGAUGACGACGGUGGAAUUUUCGGAGGCUUCGAUGUCGCAGACAAUGUCGGUUUUGGCGAAGGCGGUGAGGCCUGGGCCAAAGAUGCAGCGGCUGACGCACAAACUCGGAUCGUGAGGGGAGAUGAUGUCGACGACAAUGGUCAAAAUGCGGAAGAAUACUGCCUCUCAUUGCAGCACAAGUACCAAGAGGAUGCGGAGCGCGAAUCAAUUAUGGCUUACUUUGAGAAGGCCUUCAACUCACGAGCAAAAGGCAAGACUGCUUUCACGACACUAGAAAAUUGGCGGAUGCAAAAGAUUCAAAAAGCUCAACAGAGUGAAACCGCUGCGCCGACACGGCAGAGGAAAGAGAAAGAACCAUUCGAGAUUGACUUCUCGGGGCCUAUGUCAGAGUCAUUGCAAGAGCUUCUCGCAGCACCAACUGUUCUUAACUCGCAAAUCAGCUUACCGAAGGCGCAAUGGAGAACGAAAGGGAGAAACUUGCUAGACAAGGAUGACGAGAUUGUCGAUCCCAGAAAACUCAUGCGACUAUGGACCAAACCUAAAUGCAGAAUCGGCAAGAGAAAAGGUGGCUUGGGUGUCAUCGAUGAAGGCUUCGGGGCGAGAAAUCGCGUUGGGACAGCUAAUAACGGCGAGCCAGAUGAGGAGGAGGAGGAAGGGAGGAAGGGAGAUUACGACGCGAACUUUUUUGCGGAUGAUGAUCAGAUACUUCCUUUCGACGGGCCUUUGCCAAUUGACGACGAUGACGACGACGGCAUCCUAGGUGGGGCUGACGAAGGACAACAAGCGUUCAUGGAUGCCAGAGAGAUGCUCAGCCCACAACCUGAGGGUCAUCAGCAGCAGAACCUUCUGGAUGUUGCCUUGCAUGGUGAGGCUGAUGGCUUGCAAGAACAGCCACCAGACUCCCAAAUACCGGCACAAAGUCAAACAGAUCUACUGCCAGGCAGUUUCGGAAGUCAGCUUGUAACGCAAGCAGGACGGCGGCUGAGGCCCGAAUAUGUGAACUACGCACGCACGGCGAAGAAGGUCGAUGUUCGCCGCCUCAAGGAGAACAUGUGGAAAGGCAUGAGCGACAAAUUGAUACGAGUCUUUGAACAACCACCCGCAAAACCUGCUCACCCAGUAUCAUCUGCAGAUGAGGACGUCGACAUGAUGGAUGUGGAUGAGCAGGCCCAGCCUCCAACUCCCAUCGAGGUAGAGAUGCCCAAGAUACCUAUUGAAGGCGAUAACGGCAAGGACGUUCUGAACUUCACGGAUAUGAUCCACGAUCUGCGAUCGGUCUACCCCGAACAGCAGAUGAAGGACAUCAGUACGAGCUACUGCUUUAUCUGUCUGCUACACCUGGCAAACGAGAAAGGACUGGUUCUCGACGUGGAGCGUGAGGGCGAUUACGCCAUGCAAGAGAUCAAGGUUAUGAGAGAUCCGGAGGUCGGGGAAGGCUAUGAAGGAGAGUGA